AUGGUCAAGACAAGAGCUAGAGCACAAAUAUCACCCAGGACACCUUUAUCGGACAAAGUCAAAAAGGUUGGUGCAAGAGGUGAAUCUCCCUCCGCAUCACCUUCAGUAAAGGCGCUGCAAGUCAAGAAGAAAAAGAAAGAGACCAAUAAAAAGACGAAAGAUUCCUCGAAGCUAAAGAAGGCUAAUGAAUUAGCUGACAAAGAGGCAGUCAAUGAGAAACUGUCAUCGGUCAUUCCUGAGAAGGUCAUUGCCAAAGCUAUAUCUGAACUUGCAAAAUUUGUCAAUAAGGAAAGUGAAAAUUCCAAUCAGUCUUCCUUGUUGCUUGAUGAAGAAAAUGACGAUUUAAGAGAUCUCUUAUUGCAGAUUAACACUAAAAAGUUUUGUUCUUCAAAGCCUGAGUUCAAACCAAAAGUGAUCAAGUUGACUAUGCCGCUUUAUGAUCUUUCCAACGUGAACACUUGCUUGAUUGUCAGAGAUCAGCUUGUGACUACCGAAGAACUGUUGGAGAGUAUAGAGGAUGCCAAAAUUCCAACUUUAUCUAAAAUAUAUACAUUGUCACAGAUAAAGACUGAGUUCAAAAACUUCGAGAAACGAAGGGAACUCUAUUCGAGCUACGAUCUUUUCGUCGUUGAUGAUGCAUUAUUGUCAAUGAUGCCAACGAUCUUGGGGAAGAUUUUUUAUGGUAAAAAGGGAAGCAAGGGCCCUUUGCCUAUAAGGACAUGUUCUACAAACUCCAAGGAAUUAUCUGUAACCACGAUAAAAAAUCAAAUAGAAAAAUGUUUGCAUAGCACCUACUACCUCCCUCCAAUGGGAACAAAUAUCUCAGUCAGGUUUGGUAAAACUUCAAACAAUGAAAAUAUGCUAAUUGCCAAUUUGAACAAUAUCUUGUCUGCAUUCGAUAUCGGUGCUAUCAAAAGCAUUAUGGUAAAAACAAUCGCUUCUCCAUCGUUGCCACUUUUUUACACUGAUAAAUUAUAUGAUGAGGCAUCUGAUAUCACGAAAGAGCAUGAAGAUAGUAAAACAAAGACCAAUGGUGUCAAUUUGACAAGAUUUGAGCAAGAAUUGUUAGAAAUAGGUGACCCCGAUGAAGUAUCAAAACUCAUUGGAAAAAAAUUAAAAAAGCAACAUGAUGGGCGUAAGAAAUCUCUGGUCAAGAACAAAGUCCAUAAGCGUAAGUAA